UUAUACAGAAAAAACACAGGAGGGACGCCAGGGCGGAAAUGAUCUAACGGCGUAACAUGUCUAAAAUGGAGUUUUUAGAGAGUCUACGUCGUUUGGAAGAAGAUGUCGAGAAUUAUGACGACUUCGAGCAAUCACCAGUGCAUACUGCCUUGGAGAAGAGGUUCAGAAACACCUUGUACCUUGGAAAGUCUACCGAGGGGAUCUCAUUGCCUGUAGCCGAUGUUGCCGUGGAUCUGUUCCAGAAUGCUGCUGAAAAGAACUUGGGGACGUUCACACGUCGCCAUGUCGCCAAGUUUAACCGAAAUGGACAGAUUAACCCUUCGUCUUCCAUGCUGGGUAUGAUGUAUGCUCGCCGCCUCAAACGACAAAAAUCUUCCUACCUCCAGAAAGUGACUUCCACUGAACUCUUCCUGGUUUCCAUGAUGCUGGCCACUAAGUUUCUCUAUGAUGAAGGUGAAGACGAAGAGAUAUUCAGCGAUGAAUGGGCGGACAGCGCUAAGAUUGAUGUCAAAAGGGUUAAUGAACUGGAACGAGACUUUCUGGAAGCAAUUGAAUGGGACCUGUACAUCAAACCAGAUGAAUUCUAUGAGUUCUUGCAACAAAUGGAAACAUGGAUCGCCUUGAACGAAGGACGUCGGAGAGGCUGGUUUUCCUACUCGGAUUUCAAUGUCCUGAUGGAGCAUAGAGACUGGUAUACUACCAUUUCUGAGCUGCUGGACCAGUCUUUGAAGAUGAUUGGUUUGUGUCUGGCUGCGUACUCCUUGUGCAGUGCCAUCCUGUGUUGGUCGGUUCUGCUCAUGCAGCACCAAUCUGCAAUCCCGGCGAUGCCCCCGGCUUCGGACAACUACAGUCACGUGUUUCAUGGAUUGCGCCCUCUCAAGGCGACCCAGGUGGCCUCUCACCAGAGCGAGAUUAUGCUGCCACCGCUCAAUGUUGCUAACGCCACACCCGACCAAGCAUCAACUUCCAUCGAGACGACCCCUUGUCCAAGUUGCAGGCAAUGUUGCUGCAACAACGUCCAAGGUCACUUCGACGACUCUCAAAGCAUGUCCGACAGCGGUACCUCUCCUUGCCAUCUCCCGGAUAACACACGUCUUGAGCCUUUGAGCUGCCAGCAAUGUCGCACCAGACGGAUCGAUGAUGACUUAUGGUUACGGACUAAAGUUGAUGAUGUUGGCCAGGCUCUGAUUACUUUCUACCGCGCUCUUCUUGUUGCUUACUACGACACUUCCUCUGAGAUACUCUCGAACAAGAGCGAUCUGGACAGUCCAGUGGACAGUCGCUCUCACCCGAUCAACCUCUCCAAGACUCACGGCGAACGCAUCUCGGCUCCACCCCCGUCGGAACAUCUUCCGAACCCGAACUGCCCUCACUUGUCAAGACCUCAAGGAAUGCUGAACCCCAGGAAUUCAAACAUGAACUCAGACUCCACUCUUGCUUCCAGGAAGCAGUGUUCUGUGUGCGAUGGCAUGGCCAAGCGCAAGGUACUGCAAGACAGAAUCCAUACGCUGCUACCAAGGUCCAUGGUGGAGAGUGCUUUACCAGCGGCUACUGGAACAAUUCCUCUCAUCGUAGCAUAGUGAUGGGUUUCUCGUACAUUAAAGUAUGAGACAGUACCAUGUUAAACAAAGAUGGCAUUAAAAAUAUAAAUUUGACACUGGUGUUGGUUUAAUGCUUUACACUAUUGAAUUCCACAUGAACAUAAAAGGCAAAGCAAUUUUAGUCCCAUUCAAAGAACAAGAAGUGAAAUAAACUUCAAGUGGAUUCUUGAGAUGCAAAAGCUACUAACACAUAAACAGACAAUUCUUCUUGUCGGUCCACAAGACGCUUGGUGAUCAUGCAAAGUCUGAUUGCUUGAGAAAGGAAUACCAGGGGUCAAUUCAAUAAAAACAAUGAAUACUAUCAAUUUCAGAGGUACUAUUGUUUAAAAAAUACUCCCCUUGCUGUUUUGCAGUAGCAGAUCACUCAACUUGCAAACAUGCGGGGGAAAAAACGUAGCAAGUUUAAAUUCAGUACUUCAAAAAGAUAUGAUCGUAUUGGUCGUAGGAAUGCAUGUGGGGUUUAGAUUUGAGGUUAGUAGUGUAGAAGUGCAUGCUUUGAUUAUUAGUUGCUUUUUUCGCAAGUUGGACAUGUAUUUAAUUUGCUUGAUUUGUCCACAUGGAUAUACAUGGAGAAAUUGGCUCCACAUUGUAAAAAUCAAAAGUAUACACAAGAGUAAUGUUAAAAGGAACCUUUUAUCUCGGCCAAUUUCUCUCCCUCACAUUUGAAAGCUAAUAUACCGUGAAUUUUCUAGGGUACAGGGUCUUAAAACUUAAAAGUAUAGGUUCCAUUCGUUUUGUUUGAUGGUUUUUUUUUACCCGACUACUGAGAAAGCUAGUGUAUGCUAGUGUAAGCAACCAGGGACCCGAUGGCUUUAAGUCCUCUCAAAGGGACUUGGUAAUUAGGAUUAGUGGUUUACCAGAGGGCACUAGAGCAUGGACUUGGUUUUGAACCUGAGCCCUCUCGAUAAUGAGACUCCUGCUCUACCACUGAACCAUCGCAUCUCCUCACACCAUUGGAAAAAAUGUUAGUAAAAUUAACAAUUUACUCAGAAAAUUCAGUUCAAAUUUUCUAUCCCCUCUACAAGAAAUAUGGCUCUCAAAUAUGCAAUCCAAAACAUAUCAUUUUGUUGUAUCUGGUAGGGAAAGAAAGGCCCCUUAUGAUGACAUUUUAUUUAAAAAGUAUAUUACUCUCAGUCCCAGGUCCUCUACUGUGUAGAGUGUAUACCCUAUCAUAUGUUUUUUAGUUAUUUUACCAUGCCUUAUUUAUUCAGUUUUCAUAGAGCAUGAUUUGAUACCUGUUUACCUUAUAGUUUUAUACUUGCUGUGCUUUACCUAUUUAUUAGUUUGGAGUUGUUUUCAUAUUUAAUCUCAACUAUUAUGAUAUACCUUCAGUUAUACUAUUCUUGUAGAGCAUAAAGAAUUUUGGGUGGAGAACUGGGCGAAUAUAUAGCAUGUUAAAUCCAUAGGUCUGUAUUCUACUAAUCUGGUUAACCCCGAAGGAGGGUCUAAAAUCACAUCUGAAAAAGGAAAUUUCAGACCUUAAAUCUUAAAUCCCCCCUUUUUUCUCCCUCGUAUGUAAAGAGAAGUUCAUUGGUGAGGUUUAGCGCUUGUGUGGUUUAUGAUUUAAGCAUUAUUUCAGUUGCAUGUUUCAUGUGUCUUUUAAUGGAUGAUAAUACCUUAUGGGGUUUGUUUAUUGCAUUAACUGGUAUACUACAGUAUUAUAUGCAGGGUAAAGGUAUGUUAU